AUGGUCAUUUCCUGCUGCUUUGCUCCUACCUGCUGCCUGCCAACAUGCUGUAGGACAGUCUGCUACAGAACAAGUUGCUGUGAGCCAACCUGUUGUGUGCCCAGCUGCUGCCAACCUACCAUCUGUGGCUCCAGUUGCUGCACAUCUUGCUGCCAGCCAACUUGUUGUAGAACAGUCUGCUGUCAAACAAGGGGUAAGCCAAUCUGUUGUGUGGCCAGCUGUUGCCAACCUUGCUGUCAGCCAUACUGCUGUGAAUCUAGCUGCUGCCAGCCAACAUGCUGCAGGACAGUUUGUUACAGAACAACUUGUUGUCAGCCAAUCUGUUUUGUGUCCACCUGUUGCCAACCCAAUAGCUAUGGCUCCAGUUGCUGCACACCACACUGCCAGCCAACCUGUUGUAGAACAGUCUGCUGUCGAACAGCUUUUUGUGAGCCAACUUGCUGUGUGUCUAGCUGCUGCCAACUUUGCUGUCGGCAUAGCUGCUAUUAG